UCCGCGACAGAGGACAGCUUCGGCCUGACGCACACAAGACACACUGAGAUAGAAAUCAAAAUGAGAAGUUUAUUGUUGGUGGCCUUACUGGUCGUGGCGAUAUGCUCCACGGAAGCAGUCGUGAAACGUCGCAAGCACCGGAGGCUGCGCACGACAACUACCACAGAGCCGGCCAUGUUGGCGGCGGCGCGCCUGUUCCCCCCGGCGGCCGGUGUGGUGCGAGCUGAUGAGAGCGAGCACCUCGAGCUCGGGCGGGCGGAGAGCCUCGACGAGAAGAAGUUCCAGGAGGCUGAACGAGCCCGUGUUAAUGAAAUGAUGAAUGAGGUCGGCGAUGAACAUGAAAAUGAAGUUUUUAUGGAUGACCCCUGCCUGAAGGUGCACUGCAGCGCUGGCCGCGUGUGUGAGAUCGACGAGCACGGUGACGCCGUCUGUAACUGCAUCAAGGAGUGUCCGUACGAGACCGACUCCCGCCGGAAGGUGUGCACGCACCAAAACGAGACGUGGCCGUCCGACUGUGAGGUGUACCGCCAGCGUUGCCUGUGCCUCGACAACUCGGAGCUGUGCCGCGGCCCGCAGUACAACCACGUGCAGAUCGAGUACUACGGCGCCUGCCGAGAGAUGCCGGAAUGUUCCGAGAAUGAGAUGUCUGACUUCCCGCGACGCAUGCGCGACUGGCUCUUCAACAUUAUGCGUGACAUGGCGGAGCGUCGCGAGCUCUCACCUCACUACCUUGUCAUGGAGCGCGAGGCGGAGUCCAACCUCACGCGUCGCUGGACCAACGCCGCCAUCUGGAAGUGGUGCGAUCUUGAUGCUCACGACAACGACAGAUUCGUGUCUCGACACGAGCUGUUCCCGAUCCGCGCACCUCUGAUGUCUCUGGAGCACUGCAUCGCGCCCUUCCUGGACCGCUGCGACGAGGACGAUGACCACCGCAUCACGCUCGCCGAGUGGGGCAAGUGCCUACAGCUCGAUGAGUACGAGCUAGAGGACCGCUGCGACGAGUUAACGGAAGACGCGUCAAAGUGACGUCACCGCCAACACGUCGACCUCGUGUGGACAUUUAGCUCUUAAAUUGUUAUAUUAAGUACUUACCUUAGAGUCACGCUGUACUUUCUGAUUAAAUAAAAUUUACUAUCUCUGACGUGUCUUAACAAUUUUCGAUGAUGUAUUUAAGUCUACCCACAUUCGAACGUCUUUAUCUUUAACAAGUAAGAAAAUGAUAGUUUUUCACUGCCCUUGACACGAGGAGACCACUUUAUAUAAUGCUUAAUAGACGCAACGUUAGUAAUUUAGGAAAUAUCUAUUGACAUUAUAACUAAAAGCUACCGUACUGUGAUUAUAACCAAAAAGUUAAUGAUAAAAUAAAUAUUAGUAACUCUCUUAAA